AGUGAGCAGAGCAACUGAAAUACAAAAACUAACUAAAAAUGGAAUUAUUCGAUUUCACCAAAGAAGGAAAGUUUACCAAAGAGACCAAUGAAACUGGUAAAGUUGUGAUUGUGACUGGAGCAAAUACUGGGAUAGGAAAGGAGACGGUAAGGGAAUUGGCCCGACGAGGAGCCACCGUUUGUAUGGCCUGUCGGGAUAUGAAAAAAUGUGAGGAGGCGCGCCAAGAAAUCGUCGAUGAAACCAAAAAUAAUAAUAUUUUCACCAAAUCAUUGGAUUUGAGUUCUCUGGAUUCCAUACGUCAAUUUGUCAAAGAUUUCAAGGCCGAACAAUCGAAACUUCAUAUUCUAAUCAAUAAUGCCGGCAUCAUGCGAGGUCCUCGCAAGUUGACCCAAGAAGGCUUUGAAAUGCAAAUUGGUGUGAAUCAUAUGGGACACUUUUUGCUGACCAACUUGCUGUUAGAUACCCUUAAAGCCUCUGCUCCCAGUCGCAUUGUCAAUGUGUCCAGUUCUGUGCAUUAUUUGGGCAAAAUAAAUACCAAAGAUUUGAAUAGCGAGAAGUGCUAUUCCGAGGGUGGCGCCUAUAACCAAAGCAAAUUGGCCAAUGUCCUCUUUACCAGGGAGUUGGCAAAGCGUCUGGAGGGUACAGGAGUGACUGUAAAUGCCUUGCAUCCUGGCGCUGUCAAAACCGAGCUGGGUAGGAAUUGGACUGCUGGCAAGAACUUUGUUCUACCGCUUAUAUCGCCAUUGAUGAAGACAGCCGCAAGUGGAGCUCAGACAACUCUCUAUGCAGCCUUAGAUCCCGAUUUGGAGAAGAUUUCUGGUCUUUAUUUCAGCGAUUGUAGACCAAAAGAAAUGGCAAAGGCCGCCAAAGAUGAGAAAACUGCUGAAUGGUUGUGGGCCGAAAGUGAGAAAUGGACAGGCCUUGCCCAGAGUUAGAUUCAAAAAGAUUAAUUAACUAUAAGCUGAUGCAUUUAAGAUUUGUUUUAUUUAUUUUUGUACUUUUAUUGUGUGUAAAAUGAACGAAAUUAAAUUGUUUCAUAUAAAGUCAAUUUUGUAUUUGAUUAACAACAUAAA